AUCAAUGUCAUCAUUAUCAUCAUCAUCAUAAUCGAAUAUAUUAGCGGAUACAAAGUAAAUCACAUGUUCUCCACAUGAUAUUAUCGAUUCAAUUCGUAUCUUUUGAUUUGGAUAUUUAAUUCAUAUUCGAACAGAUAAAAUGAUAUCCUUUUUUCACUUUAAGUUAUUGACGUUUCAAUAUCAUUUUCUUUCCAAUGUUUUUUUUUCACUGCAGUGAAUUUAUUAUUAUACCCAUGGAUGAAAAAUAAUAUGGCCAUUAGUAUUAUAUUUUUUUAUUUAAACAAUUUGAUGAUGAUGAUGAAUGGUCAGAAUGACAUAUCAAGUGUUCAGUGAAUCAAUAUUUUUUUUCCCUUUUUAAAAUAUUUUGUGAUUUUGAAAUUUUUUUUUCUUUCUAUAGUUUGAUAAUAAUUGACUGAAAUAAUGGAAAUUGUGAAUGUUUAUGUUGACAUUUUCAACGGUACAUAUCAGCUAUUCAACCAGAUUGAUGGCCAUACAUUUUUCAAUGAUUUUUUCAAUUGUUUAAUAAAACUUUUCUAUCGAAAUAAUUUCUUUUUAAUUGAAAUCAUCAGCCUUUCAUUGGCUAUAUGGAUCCAUUCGAUUGGAAGACAUUUGUUUACCAUCCAUAUUAUUGAUAAAUUUGUGAAGAAUGAAAUUAUUCAUGAAAAAUAUCGAAAACGUUUCAUACGUUUUGGAUGGAAUUUUAUUAUGAUAAUGUUAUCUGUGGCUAUAAGUUGGAAAUUCAAUACCGAUACUGGUUGUCUGAAGAAUCUAUCAUUAUUAUGGUCUGAUUAUAAUAAAAUUGAUGAAUCAUUACCAUUUAUAUACAUUGCUGGCAUUCUAAUCCAUAUAUCUUAUUAUUUGUAUUCAUCAUAUGCAUUAAUUUAUCAUGAUGAACGAGAUAAAGAUCUCAUUGUAUUUUUAAUACAUCAUAUUAUUGUCAUCAUAAUAGCUACAACAUCCUAUAUGGUUGGUAAAACAUAUCUUACUUCGGCCGUUGGUUUUCUAUUGGAAUUGAAUGAAUUGAUUGUGUCAUUGAAAAUUUUACUUAAAUUACAAUUACAAUUUAUAAAGAAUAAUGUUAAUCAAAUACGUUUAUUAUUAUUAUCAAUACUUGCCAUUUUCUGGUUUCAAAAUCGUCUAUUCAUUUAUCCAUAUAUUGUAUUGGAAAGUUUACAAUUUUUACAACAAUCCUGUGGUCAAAGUGAAUGGAAUUCCAUUUAUAUUUUUAUAUAUUUUCUAUAUUUUUUCAUCUUUACCAUCAAUUUCCAUUGGACAUGGAUUAUAAUCAAUGCUACUUUUAGAACAUUCCAAAAUGGUUUAACCAAUAUUGAAGAUGAUCGUGAAAUUGUUGCUGAAGGUGAAAAUGAAAAUUUUGAUUCCAUCAAAAUGUCUACAAACAAUAAUGAUAAUGAUGAUUAUAACAAAAACAAUAAUAACGUCAUUUUUGCACACCAACCGACUGAUCAUUGUUAUCAUGCCAAUUGUCGUGUGAAUAAAAAAAAAAUGAAUAAAUGA